UCUGGUUUCAGAUGUCACUCGUCACCUGGAAUCGAACCGGUCGUCCACUCCGGGGACGAUACGGUCACAACUAAUUGUGUGGGCAAGUUAACCGCGGUCGUCCUGGGGUGAAGUGACAGUACGGUGCUAAAGAAGUUCCUCAUGCUUACGUGGUUCUGUGGUUCACGUACUUGUGCUGUGAACCUGGCAACCUGAGUUCUUGAACGGUGGCCACGGCUAACUUCAGUGGCGAGUGACAUCCUGAUCCACUCCCCGGCUCUCCGACCAUAACCCCGCACGGACCGCCACAUGUGGUUCACCAGCACAGUUAACAACAACAAUAAAACGCAACACAUUCGUCACUGACACGACCUUAGCUCUAACCUGGUUAAAUUUAACACGAGUUUCAAACUAAAACGUGUCGUAAAUCAGGGCCACAUCCCACGAGUUGCUGUUUGUGUUGUUGUUGUUGGUGCUGCUGCUGCGACUUGAGCGACCAGUUUCUAUAUUUACAGCGGAGCGCAGCCUUCGGGCUUAACCCCACAGUGUCUCGUUACUCACCGGCGCUGCCACCUGUUCUCUAGCCUUUAUUUAACCAGGAGAAGAACACUGUUGGGAUUCUCUGUGGUGGAAUGCGCGCAGGGGCUGUCAGGAGGAACGACUCGUAUGUGCGCUGGGAUCGUCAGCAGUGUGCGGCACCUGCCUCUGGAGAUUGAGGCUGCCGACUACUCCCUCAAGCUGUACCAAAGCCUGGAGAAGGACACGGGAAUAAGCACAGGAUUUAAGAAGACUGGCGUUAUAUCGCUGGCACAGACUCAAGACCGGAUCAUCUCCCUACAGAGGAUCGCAGCUCAGCUGAAUGCGCGGGGCACAGAGGCCAUGAUGCUGACGGCACAGCAGGUGCUGGAGAUGCACCCGUGGGUGAGGGCUCGCGGUGGUGAUGGUGGCGGCACCGGGGAUAUCGUGGGCGGUCUCCUCGUGCCGGGCGACGGCACCGUCUCCCCUGGCGACGUGUGCCGUGCCCUGGCUCAUGCAGCCGUUGCCCACGGGGUGCAGAUUCGCGAGCGGACGGCGGUGAACCACAUCCUGGUGGACAAGGGCCGCGUGACGGCCGUGGAAACGGACCACGGAGAAGUCGAGUGCGAGUUCUUCGUCAACUGCGCCGGGCAGUGGGCGUAUGAGCUGGGCCAGUGUUCCGACGAGGCGGUGUCGGUGCCGCUGCACCCGUGUGAGCACUUCUACCUGCUCACGCAGCCACUCUCCCCGCCGUUCGGAGAGAAUCUACCAGUGAUCCUGGACCUGGAUGGCCGUGUGUACGUGCGAGAGUGGCAGGGCGGCGUGCUGUCAGGAGGGUACGAGAAGAACCCCAAACCCAUUUUCACUGAGGGCAAGAACCAGGUGGAGUUCCAGACGAUGGAGCAAGAUUGGGACCACUACGAGCCCCUGCUGGGCGCGCUGCUGCACCGCAUGCCGGGCCUGGACGGGGCGGCCGUGUCGCGCCUCGUGAACUGCCCCGAGGCGUUCACGCCGGACCUGCGCUGCAUCAUGGGCGAGGCGCCCAACGUCCACAACUACUUUGUCCUCGCCGGGAUGAACUCGGCCGGAUCGACGCUGGCCGGGGGCCUGGGCAAGUACCUGGCGGAGUGGAUGGUGACCGGGAGCCCCUCCGAGAACGUGUGGCCCCUGGACGUCCGCCGCUUCGGGGGCCUCCAGAGCAGCCGCACGUUCCUGCGCCACCGCAUCAUGGAGGUCGUGCCGCUCACGUUUGAGCGCAAGUUCCCGCACGUGGAGUUCCAGACAGGCCGGCGCCUGCGGAUGUCUCCGCUGUUUGACCGCCUGGAUGCGCAGGGCGCCCGCUGGGCCGAGAAGCACGGUUACGAGCGAGCCAAGUUCUUCGUGCCGCCCGAUUGGCCACACGAGGUGGACGAGAGAGGAACCUUCUUCAAGCCGAGCUGGUUCGACAUCGUGCGGGCAGAGGUGGCAUCGUGCAGGGAGGGCGUCAGCGUCAUUGACAUGACCUCCUUCACCAAGUUUGAGCUGCGGUCGGCGGGCAGCGAAUCUCUGGAGCUGCUGCAGUCGCUGUGCGCCAACGACCUGGACGUCCCCGUGGGCAGCAUCGCGCACACGGGCAUGCUGAACGAGGCCGGCGGCUACGAGAAUGACUGCAGCGCUGUGCGCGUCACCAAGGGCAAUUUCCUGGUGAUCUCUCCGACCGACCAGCACGUGCGCAGCUGGCGCUGGCUAAGCCAGCACCUCCCCGCCGACGGCUCCGUGCAGCUGGAGGACGUCUCCGACAAGUACACGGCGUUGAACCUCAUCGGGCCCCGGGCGCAAGACGUGCUGUCGGAACUCUCGUACACGCCCGUCACCCCCGAGCACUUCCCCUCCAUGCUCUGCAAGGAGAUGAGCAUCGGCUACGCAAAUGGGAUUCGCAUUAUGAGCAUGACCCACACGGGGGAGCCAGGCUUCAUGCUCUACAUCCCAACAGAGUACGCGCUGCACGUCUACAACGAGCUCAUGAACGUGGGAAAGAAGUUCGGCAUCCGCAACGCGGGGUACCUGGCGCUGCGCAGCCUCCGCAUCGAGAAGCUCUUCGCGUUCUGGGGCCAGGAUUUGGACCCGCGCACGACCCCGCUCGAGUGCGGCCGAGAGUUCCGCGUCAAGUUUGACAAGGGCGUGGAGUUUGUGGGGCAGGAGGCGCUGCUGCGACAGCGUGAGGCCGGCGUGCGACGCCGGCUCACCAUGCUUCUCCUGGACAACCACGACCCCGAGGUUGACCCCUGGCCCUGGGGCGGGGAACCCAUCAUCUGCAACGGAGACUUCGCAGGACUCACCACGAGCUGCGACUACAGUUUUGGGCUGGAGCGCCACGUGUGCCUGGGCUUCGUUUGCCUGGGCCAGCCCAUCACGCCAGACCUGAUCGCGCGCUCCGAGUAUGAGGUACAGGUGGCCCAGCGGCGCUACCAAGCCCGCGCCAAGCUCUACCCUGUACCCAUAAUGCCAAGGAGCUAACGCGGCCGCCCCCUUCCUCCUGCUCGUUUGCGACGAGCGUGCGCGAGCCGGCACCCGCUGGCACCACCCGCCCCCUCAAGAUUCGGGCGUCGUUACGGUCCCACCGCCACUCCUCAUCGUCGCCACCGCUGACUCCCUCGGCAAGACCCUGCAGCCGCUGCUGCCGCUGCUGCACAGUCGACACGCGGCAACCUCACAAGAUCUGCCCUAACGCUAUCCCGCCAUCGCCUCCAAGGUCUUCUCUUCCUUCCACUUGGUCAUGAGACUUGUGGAAACCGCACUCCAUUGGCCGUGUCGGUCCGUUACAUGCCCCCCAACCUUUGUGUUUCCUUCUCUCUUUAUUUUAUUUGCUUCUUGUCCCUGAUCGUUUUCAACAUUUCCGUCCUCGUGGUGGUUUGUCACCUCAGAACGAAGAAAAUGUCACCGCGGGCCUCUCGCGGUGGCAGAUUUAACGCCGCACAGCCCGGGAGACGACGCCCAGAGGGGCUGCGUGAGUGGGGGCGGCUCGUGCAUCCUCGUGCAGCACGAGAUGGCGCCUCUGCCUGCCCUCUUAAAAGAGUUUCCAGUGCGCAGGCCCCGGUGAAUUUGCUGAGAUCCUCGGCUCACUACAUCUCGAGAAGCUGUGUUCAUUACAGGUAACUAAACACCUGGACUCGGUAAUAAUUAGUGCUGUGAGCCGAGCCGCGUGCUCCGAUAGCGGCACUGUGAGGACGACGGUCGACGUGGCCCCGCCGUGCGUCCCCUCCUUGCUCGCCGCACUGAAUCCGUCCUCGCUCCUCCGCUGGCGUCCACACACGGAGAACUGCGAGCGCUUCCCGCAAGUCUUUGCCACAGGCGACCGGGGCCUCGUGCCUUCGCAGCUGGGGAACGAUCGCGCAGCUCGAGGCCACGGGACAUCGUCGUCAGGUGGAGUUCCCUCGACGCAGACGCCGCGUUCCCGUGGUCCGUCCGUUUCACGCGGACGAACGUUUGGCUCCCCCGUGUGUAGGCGCGUGGGAAUGCUGCCACGGCGUAGCGGUAUGCCCCCCUGGACCUGCAACCAACCCGUUGGUCGCCGUGUGCCCAUCACACAAAUCGGGCAUGUUUCUUAAAUCCCCUUCCCCACGCCUCUGUCCGCCCAGCAGUAUGAACUGGUGCGUGGCCAUCGUCGAACCAUCGCUUGCGGUUGGGUUAGAGUGAGGAUUCUACCCAGCUUUAUUGCUCCCACCCCCAUCACGAGCUCUAUCCUUACUAUUUGGUUCUUUCGGUAAAGUCACGUAGGUAAAGAAAAUACAAAAUAAAUUAAAUCACGACGUUUCGGACCCAACACAAGCGUCCAUCAUCAGGUGGGACAAGCGUCCGUCAUCAGGUGGGACAACCACAGCAAAAAACAGUUGCUGAAGUAGGAGAAAGAUCUGCUAGUAACAGGGGGUUAUAUAGAUGAGGGAGGGGGGGCAGAGCCAAGGAAAGAGAGGGUGGGGGGGGGAGCAAAUAUGACAUUGAGGGCAAAUAAGCUGAGGAGCAGGGAGCGGUAAAUGAACCUGCGCUGCAAGACUGACAUGCAUGGCAAAUUUCUGAAUGAUGGACUGGGUGUAAGAGACUGGAGAUUGCGGAUAUGAAAGCAAACUAUAAAGCAGUUAAGGUUUUACCAGGUUAAUAACAUCUUUCCAAUGAUUGCUCAAUUUAUAUCCAUCUUCUCGGUUGAAGUUAUGUCUAUGUUUAUAUAUCUGGAUGGCUUCAUGAACAAACCUUUGAUAGUAUCCCGAAGGUUUGCAGAGUACCUUGGUCUGAGCACCUUGAAAUAACCAAAGAGUAUGGAUCCUUGCAGUCACGAAAACGACAAAUCUGGAAUGACCUCAGUCCUCUCGUGGGCCUCUUUAGAAACUCUGUGGUGGAGGCCACUUCCACAGAGUGGCAUGAGCAAGCAAUUGAAGGGCUGCGCCAUGCAGUGGCAGUGUUAUCGGCACAGCACUUUUGCCUUGCUAGGUGCACCUUGAGGCCACAUGAAGAGUUGCAGAUUUGCUGGCAGGAAGUCACAUAACAGACUUAGGUGCCAUGGGUUCACUGACUGAAAUGACUGUCACAUGCACUACCUGUGGUCCCCAUUGUACCAAAUAGAUUAUUUUUAUCUGCUGGGCGCUCUGCUCGUUGUUGGAGGGCAACUGAUUCCAACGCCCAGUAUCAUCCUUCACGAGCCUCCUCUACAGAGGCCGAUCUUGGUACCACUGCUACCAGUCAUUGGCAAGUCCAUUCAGCUCCAUAUUCUCCUGUACCACAUCAGCACAUCUCUUCUGUAGCCCGUGCCGUACCUGUUUAGCCCCAUCUAUCCGGCUAAACAGAAGCUGCUUGGGCAAGCAGUGGCUGGUCUUGCGGGCUACAUGAACAAGCCAACGUAGCCUCGCCUGCCGGAGGAGCUCACUGAUGGGAGUGUCCAGAUCUUAUAUACAAACUGUAUAUACACGUAUAUUGGGGCUUCCCUCCUGUGAUGUAUAAGAGUGUGAAACCAACUGCACUGCAAGGGGUUAUUGCAUCUGGUCAUUGGUGACCGGGCUAAGAAAAGUAAAUAAUGUUCCACUUGAGAACUUGUUUUUACGUGUGUAGACUGCUCGACACACACCAUUUCGGAUGCAAGAGGAAUCAGGAGUAUUUUAACGCUCCCAAAACAAACGAUAAAACUUUAAACGAUGGAAUUUCACAGACGAGGCAAAUGUGGCUGUGGGCACGUUGGGCGCAAAGGAAUCGUCUCCUUAAAUGCAUUAGCGGUAAUGUGGCGCAUAUUGAUUUUACUUUCAAAGCACCGUGUAACUUAAAUGGUUAUACAGGCACGUGGUUAUGUCAUAAAGUGCUUUACUCACUAAACAGUGUGAGUUCAGAUCGUGGUCGAUCAGAAGUUGACUCAACUCUAUCGUCACUCUGGGUUCGAUUAUAAAUGGGUCCUACUGUUUGUGGGACAUCAACAGCUGUUGUGUCUUGUGGAGGUCAUAGAAAUAUGGAAAUUCCACCAUUGGCUCAUCGCAUUUGUGCAUGGAGACGACUUUUUUUUUACUUAAUCGGAAGACUGCAUGUUUUAAAAUCUCAUUGUGGGUUGUAUAGUUUCCAGGUUUGCCACACAGAAAAUGUGGUCAAGUUCAAACUCCUCUUUUAAACAUUUAUAAAGAAUGUUUUUUUUUCUUUCCACCAUACAAACACUGGCCCUUAACCAAGCACUUGGCUAACAUUCGCACAUUACAGACUGGGGCUCCCUGCUCCAGUUUCUCCUCUCUUCACAGCCGGCGCCUGGGCUCCUCCCCCCCCCCCCCUCAUGUCGAGAAUGAAUCCCGUGCACCAUAAGCUAAGUAAGGUUGCCUUUUCUUGCCAUGCAUUUGGGUUCCGCCGGUCGCAUUGCUUUCUCAACUGCUUGUCCAAGACAUCUUCGAGAAAGCGAUUUUGUGUCCUUUGCAAAGACUUUUUCCCAACAUGCUUUACACAGAGGCACGUUCAUAUACAUCUAUCUGGCAUAUCAUACAUUUCAAAAGCGCUACUAUAUUUAUUUUUAUGGUUAUAUUUGUAUUGUUAAACGUUAUAGUAUUGUUACAUUUGUUUGUGUUGUUCUCCCAGUUGUGCAGAGUUCAGUGCUUUAAUUCACAAGUGGGGAGAAUUGUGGUCUGGUUCAGAUUUUCAUGAAAUCCAAUAAACUUGUCAAAUGGAG